UUAUGUUUACAGUUUAGUUACAGCGUAGUGGAGUGAUUGAUGUUGAAAGACAAUCGGAACUUUAACGUGCGGAAGUUUCUCCAGUGGUAAUGACGAGAAGGAAUCCUUUCGAUAUAACGGAGAUAUUUUUCGUAAAACUCUAAGAACUUCCCUGUGCUGUUGGAAUGCCUGCCUUCUGACGCGACUCACAGCUGACAGUGUGUGGUCUGCAGCAGUUGUCUCAGGUAGCGAUGUCCCAGCCGCGGAAGACCAACAGCGCGACUUUGCGCCUCAAGCAAGACUACCUGCGUCUCAAGAAGGACCCGGUGCCCUACGUAGUCGCCGAGCCACUGCCGGCCAACAUCUUAGAGUGGCACUAUGCCGUCACGGGUCCCGAAGGAACACUGUACGAGGGUGGGAUCUACCACGGAAAGUUGGUCUUUCCAAGGGAAUUUCCAUUCAAGCCGCCCAGCAUUUACAUGACAACACCAAAUGGCAGGUUCAAGACGAAUACUCGGCUGUGCCUGUCUAUCAGCGACUUCCACCCUGACUCGUGGAACCCUGCAUGGAGUGUGUCCACAAUUCUCACUGGCCUUCUUAGUUUUAUGAUUGAGAAGAGUCCUACCCUGGGGAGUAUAGAGUCGUCCGACCACGAGAAGCGGGUCCUGGCUGCACAGAGCCUGGAGUUCAAUCUGAAGGACAAAAUUUUUCGUGAGCUGUUCCCAGACCUUGUUGAGAAGAUAAAGUCCGAGCUGGAGCAGAGGCGGAAAGUGGAGGAGGAGAGCCGAAGACCGGCAGCAGCGGACGCGGCAGUGGCGGGGGCGGGAGGUGGCGCGUCGUCGGGGCUGCCCGGGGCGGGGGUGGCUGCGGGGCGCGGGGGCCAACAGCAGCCGCAGGGCGCGCUGCAUCACGCCAUUGCCAAUAUCUGCGUCAUCAUCGGUUUCGCCGCCUUCGCCUACACCGUCAAGUACGUGCUGCGGACUAUUGCGGCAGAAUAGCUGAGGUAUCAGAGGAGUGGGACGAGUAUCGGCAGCCUGUAUUUGGAGUUUCUUCUCGGACAAUCUACAGUUGCUGUCAUUAUUUAAGAUGCGUGUGCAGUUAUGUGUAACAGAUAAAUACUUAAAUCCGUUGGCCACAGGUGACUAGAACAGUUUCAGUGAUCGCUACAAACAAGACGGCAAGCCUCCUCGAGUGGGAGAGUAAAUAAGAAGUAUGUACAUGGUGUCAAUCGGCAGCAGUUAAUUGAGGGAGAUAUCUUCUAUUGUAUUCACCGUGACAACCAUUAAUUUGUUGUUUUGCAUUCUUAGAUGUAGUAAUUGGUCGCCGAGGAGAUUCUAAUAUACUAAAAUCAACUAAAUUACAGAAAAAAUUACUAAGAAAGUUUUAAUUUUCCAGUAACUGAUGCCUUUUCUGCCCCAUUCAUCAUUCUGGAAUUGAAUUCCAUCGUAUAUUUGUGGUUAAAAGGCUUUGUGUCGGAGUAAAAUAUUUUUAAAAAAGCUUUGCUGAUAAAGUUAACUGUAUAAUCCAUUACUUCCACAGCUGUGUGUGGAAUUUGCAUGUGGAUUGAAGCGAUGUGUGUAUUUUCCAUUUUGUGAUUGAUGUCAUUGUAAAUGCUAUUGAUACUAUUUGCAAUAUUGCAAUGACAUAUUGGUGUCUACAAUAGAAAGCAUUCCUGAAAACACAACAAAGUUGAUAAAAUUAAGAGAUGACAUGCUGCUGAUCAUUUUUGUUUCACUUAAGGAUCUGUGCUGUGGCAAGAUUGUUACAUUAACACCUGCGAAUGAAGACUGGUUUUCGUAGUCCAAAAAUCUACAUUCUGAGUUUUUGUUCAUACAUGUUUCCAAACUUCAUUAUAUGUACAUUGUUUAUAAAUAGAAAUAAAAUAUUUACUAGCAGUACUUACUAAA